AAGGGCUGAGUGGGUGUCCCUCUUAAGGAAUAUCAUGUAUUAACAGCGUUCAUGUAUCAGCCAAGGUAGUGAGGUCCCCUGCACCAACCCCACCCACCACCACUACCACCCCCUGUGCGCUCCUCUCACCUCGUGGGCGUCAGGAAGCGUGAUGGCCACAGGCGGCCGCCUGCGGUGCGGUGGGCGUGACUCAGCCGCUGUGCUCCCCUGCCUCUCAGAGGUGUGGCGUGGCGGCGGGAUGCGGUUCAACAAGUGUGAGUUAGCCUCAUUGGCUGCCCAUCCAUCCCACCAGUUCGACAAGGAAGGCGUCCUACUGCUGAGGGAGCGUCACGAGGGGUUCUUUAGGCGUUCUGAAGGCAGUGAUGGAGUCCUGGCCCGGAGGAAGAAGGCUCCAUUGAGGGAGUUUAGCUGUGUGACGCCCCAGCUUCCAGUGAGCACAGAGCGAUGGUGUCGACUACGUGGCAACCUGCUCUUCUACUUCAAGUCCCGGGAUCACUGGUCAGAACCUGCUGGGGUGAUAGUGUUAGAGAAUUGCCAGGUGAAUCUUGACGAAUCUACGGACGCUCCUUUUGCAUUCAAUCUCGACUACAGCAGGUGUCGAGGCACCCAACACUGUGCAGCCUUAUGCCAGAGUGAGAGGGACUCAUGGAUCACAGCUAUUCAUCAGGCGUCCUUUGCUUACAUGAGACUACAGGUGGAGGCUCUUCAGCAACAGGUCAAUGCCAAGCAAGCGUCUCUACCGACAGACAUUCACCGCCACCGCAUCAACACUGGGGUCACCUUAGAUGUGCACAGUAGGCGAAGUCCCCCCGUAGAUGUCAAUGAGCCUCCGUUCCUAGAGAUGUCGGUGUCGUGUGACAAUCUUCGCUGUGACGGUGACGGUCAGCCUCCGUCUCCUAGGGUAACCGUACAAGUUCUCAACAGACCACAGACAACUUGGCUCCAGUAUGCACAAACUGAAGUAAUAGAAAGAACCAGCAACCCAAACUUUCUCUCUACCGUAAGUUUCCGCAAAAGCGACGGAUUGGACGCAAACACACAAGUGAGAUUGGCGGUAUACGACGUCAGGGAGAGAGUCACUAACACCACCACACAGCUCGGCCAGUCCACGGUAAACAUUGGGGGUCUGCUGGAAACUGGUCGGUCACGUCUCAGUUUACAGUCGCCACUUGGUCGUAAUGUGGGUUUCAUCACUAUAACGGCCUGGACGCUAGAAGCUGAGUCUGUAGAUGCCUCGUCACACACACCUAGUAAUGCUACACCGAACCAUCAGCCAGCUCCUCCACCUGUUGCCUGUCACCGCCGCACACAGUCCCUCCCGCCAAAACUCAGCUCCAAGACUCGCCAUCCUACUCAGGGUCACCUCAGCCUCCUGUAUGAUAACCCCACGAUGGCCACCUUCAGGUUUCACUCUGGUCUGGGUGGAGACAUCGCUGUAUUGGAGGUGAUGGCAGAGAGCCGUUACUGCUUCACUUUUCCUCAGCAUUUAUUGCGGCUGUGGAUCUCCGAAGAGAGGCGGUGGCAGGAAGAACUGUCCUCACUGGGAGAUUUGUCCGACCAAUGGCACACCAGACAAAUGGCCUUACUUAACCAGCAUGUGACUCUUAUUAACAUCUAUAACAUGGCCUUGGAUACUCUGGAUGUAGCAGCUCAUUCAGGUUCCAGCUUGAAGAAAAGUAUGGACAAAGGUGAAACAUCUUUAGAAAUGGCACCAACGAACCUCCACCUUCAAAGACUCUGGGCUCAGAAUGAAUCCCUUCGUCGCUCUGGAUUCUAUGACAUCAUCACAAAUGGCGUCUUUAGUGCUUAUUCCCAAGGCUACAAGAAUGGAGGACUAGUCAAUAUGCUACAGAAAGCUAAGAGCUCUCGCAGAACACCAGGUGGGGGAGACAAGGCCUGGGCCAGUGAGGCAGCGGUAGAAGGAGUUAAAAGACUAAGACAAGAAGUGACCGCUCUUCUACGCUCUGUAUUAGUUUCCCUGAGACAAGAGGAUACAGCGGCACUCACCAAGCUCCUCCCCAAACUACAAGACAAAACACGUUCACUUCUGAACAUAAUUGAACCCUCUUUGGUUGAAGAAGCAUUUGAGUUCCUCGACCAAAUCCGAGUGCCACAAAAUCCAUCUAGAAUCCUCACCCUGGCAACACGUACCUAUUCUUCCUAUAAGAUUGCCGGUUAUCUGAGUCCCGAAACGGCCUUAGAUAUGGAAUUGAUGACCCCUGAUGUUCCCAGUGUACCUAUAUGUGAUAACUCAGAUCAUAGACUGAUAGAUAGAGAGAGGAACCAUACUGCAUUUAUAACCGCUAAAGAAUUUGAUAUUAUGGAUGUACAUGAGAACAGUGUGUAUAGACCUACUGAUGAACCUGAACCUUGGGACCUCAUUCAGCUAAAUGUGCAGGCCAGUGUAAUGUGUCUCACUAGUAAAAUAAAAACUUUUUGUAGUAGAAUGGACGAGAUUAAUGGGGAUAGAGAGUUGCUGUGCGAUGUUACGGAUAAAGAAUCACAGAGUGAACUGGAGAAAAAUUUAAAAGACAUAAAUAACGAAACUAAGCAAUACGAUAAUAGUUAUUUAUUGAAUAAUGUUAGCGAAAGAACCAGUCCUAGUAAAAAAGUGUUUGUGAGUGAAGCUCAGAAUAUCAGCUCAAAUCUUGCAGCUCAAAAUCAAGCUCUUAUUUCAUCUUCAGUUGGUUCAGAUUCAAGUCAAGUCUCUGGGAGGUCAAUGUCAUCCAGUCUGGGUGUGGCCAGAACCAACGAAAGUCAAAGAUCUUCCUGCUCUGCAACGCCCGACGUGUCUCCCUGCGAAGAAGACAGUGGUAUUGGCUUAGAGCGUGUUACUAGUGAAGUGGAAAGAACAGAUUGUAUAAGUGAAGGAGGCCUCUCAGUUGACGAGGAGAGAAGAGAGGAACUCCUACCGCUCGACAGGACCGAGGUAAACGAGUCUCGUUACGUGUGUGACGGAGGCGGCGGCUGCGUCAAAGCCGGCAAAUUAGAAUCGAUUAUGGAGCAGAGUAUUGAGGAUCUGGGCACAACACUGGAAGGUGAACCAAAGCUGGAAAUUGGUGGGGAUAAAGUUUUGUCCAAAGAUUCAUUACCGUGUGUGAGUGAAGGCUCUUCUCUGGGUAAACUAAACGAUUCACAAGACAGAGAAAAAGAUUCAGUCUCUAUCAUCUCAAGAAACAGUGAUGACAUGAGUGACAAAACACUUACAGAGAUCAAGGAGCAUAAAGGAGAUGACAAGGAGAAUAAAGGAGAUGACAAUGAGCAUAAAGGAGAUGACAAUGAGCAUAAAGGAGAUGACAAGGAGCAUAAAGGAGAUGACAAGGAGCAUAAAGGGGAUGACAAGGAGCAUAAAGGAGAUGACAAGGAGCAUAAAGGAGAUGAAAGUGAGGAAACCAACAGAGAUGAUAACAAUUCUAACAACAUUUGUAACUUUUUAGAGGAAGAUAAUAAAUCUAGUACAAAUACCAAACAUUCAGUCAAAGAAAUUUCGGGUAGUAAAACAAAUAUUCAAAACGAAAAUGAAUCAAAUACACCGGAGGAAGUAGACUGGGUGGGGGAAGUGAGACCAAGCAUGAAAAAGCUGAGGCAGGCAAUGGACGGGUUAAUGCGAACUGCCCGCCUCGUACACAGUGUCUUCCGUCUACAGCAAACACCGGAAGCUGCCCAAGCCGCUCACAGUAUCAAGUACAGAAGAGACAUUUGUUUCUCCCAAGCUCUAACUGCUUUGGUUACCAGUCUAAUGACGAGACUGUGGUGUAGGAAAGCAGACCCACUGUUUGUGACCGUCUUAGCUCAUCUGGGACCACUUGCUGAAUUUGAGUGCCUUGUUUCUUGUCUUGGAAAAGAGGAAGGGAUGUUGAGUGACAUGGUUGUUGCGGUGGAGGACCUCGGUACUGUUGAGUUUGUUAUGGUGUCUUCAGCAGGACCUCAGAACGGUGGCCGUACACGUAGUGAGGGAGCGGCUCCUCCUCCACCAUCAUAUGAGUUACCCAUGCCAUAUGUCUCAGGAAACAGGUGCGGGCUGCGGGUAGUCUUGCCUGUGCCUGAACAUGUAUUAAGUCUCCUGCCAACCUCUAACACCCAACAGCCAAAUGAUCCUCCGAGUUUUUGUGUCACUCCGGUGUUAUUUAAUAUUGGCAUCAACGAAGAGGCUACUUUAGCUGAGAAAAUGAGCAAAGAUGGUCCUCAGUCACGUAACAAUCAAGACAGCUUUGAGCGAUUAUCACAGUAUUACCAUCGCUUCAAGAAAUUGCCGUUGCCACAGGAAAACAGUAGAAGAGUGCCAUCCAUGGGCAGUGAUGUACCUCUUGUGGAUCUCAUAGAUAAACUGGGAGUUGAAGUUAUGUCUCAGAGAAGCAAGAAUCCAAAUGUCCUCUACUUGGCUGCUCAGUGUUGUCGUGCUAUGGCAGGCUUGCGCUUCACCUCCUGUAAGAGCGGGAAGGAUCGUACAGGGAUGAGCGCCACUUUAGAACAAGCUAAUAUAUUGGCCGCGGAAUAUGACUUAGCGGAAACGGAAUUCCAACGAGCUCUCAACUGCAUGAGAAGUGAAGGGACAAGAUUGGAAAAUUGUCAGAAGAACAUUGGGUCUCGGAAGUAUGCCUUUUCUGCCAUUCACCUGGCCAUGUUCCCUCAACAGUACCGCCCACCUUCUGGUACAUAUGGCUCCAAGAUCCCUUUAUGAAUUGGAGCUGUUUGUGUCCCUCCCAUUGUUAACAUACAUAUAUUUAAUAAGGAAUAUUAUUGUAAGCGGCACUGGAUAAAAAUGGAUAUCAGUCUUGUUAACUUUACCAUUAUACAAACGUAGAUGUUGCAGUACAUACAAAAAGUUAUCGUAAGUGAAGCUAAUAUCCUAAUCAGGGUACAGGAGGUCUUAGAGUUAUGAAUAUCCAAGUGACUAAUGCCUGAAGUUGUUAAUGUGGUCCCCGUUAUAUUCAUUAUAAAACUCCAGCUCGACUUCUUUACUCACCGGUACACCUCCACCACGCACUUAGCAAUUCCGAAUCCCGGCAACAAUAACACAAUCCGUCGGUCUUCGCCGUUUUGUAUGUGUGUCUCUCGGUACGUACUUGUUCCUAUUGCUCAUUUUUAUCAGCCCUCACCAUGACCUGGAAACAUAAUAGUGGAAGUGUUGACCCAAAGCCCAUGAAGCAUCAGAGCCUUACCAUUCAGACUAAGUUAAACAUAUCAAGAUGACAUUCCAUCCUAAAUUGAAGCUCAGAUAAUUGUAGAAGACGACACUGACGAGGAAAUUGAACCCAAGAGAUUCAUGGCUGGAGGUUUGGCAGAAGCAGGACCCAAACUCCACAAGGUUCAUCAGAGUAGCAAUCCUCCGAGCACCAUCCAUUUCUAUGAGCAAACCAUCUUCAGGGGUCAAGGUGAUUUAAAAUGGGCAGAACAGUUUAAGGGACUGGGUGAUAUCUUUUAUGAUUUUACAGGUAAGGAAUAGUUUUAUUUAUAUUUUAUGGUGAAAUUAACACGAUCCUCAGUUACUAACAUAUUGACAGGGUCCAAGAACAUAACCAUUCCUAACUUGGGGGCCUCCUGUAGCUUCUUUAUAAAGGUGAAGAGAAGACAACGUUACCAAGCAGGUUUGGGGAAAGUUAAAACAUUUAUUGUCCUGGAAAAAGCGUCGUGUCAUGCAGGAAUAAAAUUUAUUCUGGAUAACUACAUAAGCCGGUGAUACACAAAUAAAAUAGUUCAUCCAUUGACAGAUAUUACUACAUUUCAUUGAUUAUAUUAUGUCAGUAGGUAUUAUAUAUUAUUGAUGCCAAAUGCCCUGUGGUUUAUGUUGGAGUUGAGAUUUAUUUAUCUUUUAAAACAGAUCUAUUAUGAAUUUAAUAUUAGUGCUUUUAUUUAUGUAUGUAUUUAAAUUUUACUAUUAGAAUUUGAUUUGUGGAAAUUAUAUUUUACUAAAUGUGGGCCGCAGUGUCCUGAAGGUGGGAGGAGCUUAGACUGUGUGUUAAUUAUGGUGCGAGUGAGUGACUAGUAGAGUAAGGUUAUGGUACAGUAUCAAGCCUUACAGUACAGUACAGAACAUCAUAGAAUGUUGUUGUUGUAGUGAUAACAACAACCAAAUGUUUUGAUUAAAGAAAUUUUUGAAAAAGAAAGUCGUUUGAAUCAGUGGAAGUUACUGAGCUAAAGUUUAUUAUACAGUUAUACCUACAUUCCUGAAAAGUAUAUAAUUUUAAAUUUAAUGCAGACAUACAUUCCUCAAAAUACAAACCAAAAUUCUCCAGCACAUUUUAGAGGGACACAUUGCAACACAAGUAUGUCUGUCAUCUUUUCUUGUCAGCCUCCAUCACCUACCAACUUAACAUGUAAAGUGAGGAGCUAGCAGGGUCUCUUGCCUCUAGGGGAACUGUUGCUCCUCUUUUCUCUUGUUGGUCACUCUCUUUUCAUCUCUUGUUAGGGUAGAUCACUUGGUAAAUGUAAUAAAUUGCUGGAGAGUUGUGUCAAAAUGUGGAGCUGGAUUUGAAAGAUAUAAUUGGCUGUAAACCAUUUUGUUAUGACUGCUCUCACCGACCACUCAGACUACUUGGAACACAUAUACUGAUCAUUCUCUUUAGCUGUAAUGGGUAACUAUAUAUUUUCCACUACAGAAAAUGUAAAUAUAAAAUAAAAAGUUUCUUGAAAGUGAAAAAAAUUAUAUAAAUGAAGGUUAUGUUAUAUAUUAUUGUGUGAUUAAAUAUGUGUAAAUACUGUAGAGUUAAUGUAAAUUAGGGUAUACCUGUGUUCAGCGGACCAAUUUCAUAAGAACAUUCCAUUGUUUAUGAAUGUCUGCCGGACUUGUCUUAUUAUGUUGGGUUAACCACUAUGUUCACAGAUAGUAAUUCAAGUUCUAGAAGUGAUAGUAGUGUUAGGCGACUAUUUAUGUAUAUAUCAUCAUCAUCUAGUGUCCCAGCUUCAAACACAGGAGAGCACACGAGGAAUCUUCCGCACAUAUUGUUCACCUUUAGCCGUUGAACGUGCACGAGCACCUCUUGGAAUAUUUUGUUUAAUAUAAGAGAAAUUCAUUGCCUUAGACUCAACUGGGGAAUAACAACAGAUAUAUGAGGGUCACCACAGCAAGUAUAUUGUACUGUACAUUAAGGAAAAAAAUACUUUCUGCAAAAUGCUAUGUCCAUGGGUGACUUAGGCAACUUAGUUUGUUGUUUUAGCCAAACAAAACAAAAUGUGUACAUGUGUAAUUAUGUACAUACAUUUGUGGAUAUAAAUCUGUGUCUGAAGUUAUGUGGGAUGGAAAAGCACCACUGUUAUCCACAAGAAGUGUAGAAAAUUCUUUAUUUUCCCAUUCAUGUUUAGAGAAGGAAAAUGAGCCAAAUUUUCACCAAACACAAUUUUUUUAAAUUCUUCAAACUCAUCCCUCAGGAAGAGUUGAGAGGAACACUUCUUCACGUUAGUUUAUUUUAAAUUUCUUGGAGAACUGUUUUCCUUUCGUUUGAGAAUCACAGAGCAUCUUAAAAUUCUCCUCCUGUUUAUAUGUUAUUUCUAACUCCUUUCCCACUGCCAAUUUUAAUGAAUAUACCCUGAUUGUUUUAGUGAAUGUACCACUUUUAAUUCAACCCUAUUCGAGCUAACCUGACUGAACUCUUCUGUCUUCAUCAUAAGUGUUUUUUAUACCUGUUAUUGCUCACAGUUGAUAUAUUCUCUUGUUAUAUAUUCAGGAACCUUACUUCACUCUCCCCCCAAACCUUCCACUCAGAUCACCUUUUAUAGUCUAUUUCUAAAGUGUAACCAGCUCCCCUAUUGCUUUUAUCAGUUCUCUCCAUUAAUUUGGCUGAAUUCAUCCCAUAUUACAAGACACACAUGUGACCACUACACUAACUUUUGUACUCUCUAGUCUUAAAUCUCACAACUUUAUUCUAAUUAUAAAAUAAUUAGGUUUCAAAUGUCACUCAGGAGUUCCAUGAUGACGGGCGACAGUAUCAUAAUUACAUUCUAAUAUACACUAGACCAUGUACAGUGCACUACACCCAUUACUGUUUUUUGAAGUCCACAGAGUGAUUGUUUAACGCAGUACCAACUGCCGAAUUGAUUCUUGCAUCAUAGUUACACACCAGAAUAUAUACUCUUUGAAACUGUGAAUACAGGUAGUCAAAUACUCAAUAGAAACAAUAGAACACCUAAGAUCUGUCAACAGUAGGGCAUUAGCUUUAUUACCAUAAUUUAUAAUACAGUGUAGAGUUGGAGAACCCUGAAUCUUGGUUUUAAAUAGAGCGUUGAUCUUUACCUUCCUUCUUUCUCUGUGAUGUUGAGGUGAAUUGGAUCCCACAUGACCACCAGACAGGACUAAAUAUAUUCCUGAGUAGUAACUAGCUAACAUACUAGAGUGGUUUUCACAUUACCACAGUAGGUCAACUUGUGUAGUAAAUUAACGUAAUACAUUCACCGUAGUUUUCCCACGUAUGGUCAAUAAACUCUGCACAUUUUGUACCCGCCAGAAAGUGUGCCAAAUAGAUUUCUACAAGUGUUGAGCUUCACCGACACAUUCCUCUUGUACGUCUAUUAUAUUCGGUGUUUCUGUUGAUCUGUGUUUACCAAGUUACCGUAGGGAUCAACCUGCACCAGGGAAGGGAGAUAAGUGUAUAUAGGAUGCAUCAGACCUUACGAGAGUGUUAGUAGAGACCCGCCUUGACCCCCAUAACUUUAACAACAAAAAAAGAUUUAUAUUGUUUAUUUCCCAAGUACAUUAUACAGUAUUGGAGUAACAUACAGUACCUGCCAAGAAUGGUGAAACUAUGGCAGCUCAGUUACAUUAUGCGGAGUUAUCUUUAUAUGGUAAUAUUGUACAGGGAAAAAAAAACCUUGAAGAAUUGCUUAUAUCAUUACCCAGUAGUAGUAGGUUAUGUAUAGAAUGAGAAAAGAACUUUUGAACUUUUUUAGAAUGGUCUUGAUUGUGUUAACAUGUCUAGUGAUGAAACGAAACGAAAUGAAACAAACUGAAACGAAACAAAAUUGAAUCAAUCUUGUUUUAACAGUAAUAUUUGUGGUUACCUUCAUUACCUCACGUCAUAUUUUAAGAGUUAAUUCACAUAUUGAAGUCUGGAGUGAACUUGUGCAUAAAGCUGUUAAUAGUAUAAGGUUCACUUGCCUUAGUAUCCAGUAUAUUGAGUACAGUGAAACCUUUAUUUAGCGGACUUUUGGAGAGGAAAGUCCGUUAUAUCGAGGGUCCGUUAGAUGUGAAACUCCCAUCUAACGAACUAUAUAGAGAUGGAAGUCCGUUAUAUCGAGGGUCCGUUAGAUGUGAAACCCCCAUCUAACAAACUAUAUAGAGAUGGAAGUUUGUUAUAUCGAGGGUCCGUUAGAUGUGAAACCCCCUUCUAACUAACUAUAUAGCGAUGGAAGUCCGUUAGAUGUGAAACCCCCAUCUAAUGAACUAUAUAGCAAUGGAAGUUCGUUAUAUGUAGGUUUCACGGUCUUGUUAUCCUCUCCUCAUAGUAAACACGGUUGUUGUUGUUGACGGAAGCUUUUAGAGCCGUGUUGCAGAGUAGGACAGACAUACGAUGCUGAGUCUGGGGUAAUGGUGUUUAGUGUCGACCAAAGCUGUGUAGGGAUCAUAAUUAUUUUACAUUAUGGUAGAUUUGUAUAUAAACAUUAAACUUUGAUGUUGAUAUGAGUGUGUGUGUGUGUGUGUGUGUGUGUGUGUGGGGGGGGGAUGUAUGUUUUUAGAUGAUAGUAUUUUUACAUGUUUCAUAGUACAGUAUAUGAAUCUUCUGAACUUUGUGAGGAAUAUUGGUGGUGUAUUAUUAUAACUGAUGAGAAAUAUUGGUGGUGUAUUAUAACUGAUUCUUAUGAUGGUAAUUAGGUGACUGUGGGUCAAUGAUUUACUUAAAGAAAAAAAAUAUAUAUUGCCUAUUUAUUACAAUUAUUAUUAAUUUCUUUUAUUAUUGUUAUGGAUGGAACCUUUUUGGUAUGUUUUGGGGGAAGAAGAAUUUAGUAUUUUAAUAAUGAUAUCAAAGAAUUAAUUGGGGAGUUUGAUAUAAUAAUUCUUUUCAAAGUUCAUGUUGGAUAAACCAUCUAAUGAAUCUUGCAUUGUUACAAGUUGUUAUCUAUUUACACUGAGAAGUAUACAGUAUAUUGUAUCUUAGAGGGAUGCGAUGUAUCCGCUUUACCUUGUAGGGAAAAAUAAAUUCACUGCACAAAUUCACUACUCCAUAGAAUGCUGUUAUGAUUCCCUCUGCCCCACUAGUCUGGGUUGGUACUGUAGGAUCUAGCCAUCUGGUCAUAGAUUUUCUGUACUCUAUCAGGACAAUUAAUUUCAUGCAAUUUAAACUAAAGAAAUGGUAGUUACUGUUGCCUCUAUUCUCUCAUAAUAUUUUGUGUCCUAGUUUCUCUUUUGUAAUAUUUCAUCUCAUUUUGUAAUAUUAUGGUGGUAAGUUUUUGAUUAUGUAUAUUGAUAGUGAAAUAUAGAAUUUGUGUAUCAGUUCCAAAGUGGGACAAAUAUAGUACGGUAAUAUGUAUUAAUAAAAAAAUAUAUUUGCUUUCACAUUAGACUCUUGAUUGUGUAUGUAUAAAUAUUUUUAGUAUAUACAGGAUAGGUUUACCAGUCACCAUUAACUUGGUCUCCUUAAGGCUUCACUGUUGGUACAGGAGGAAACCAGAGGAAAAAACCUGUGAUACUGUAUUGGGUUUAUAUAAGAAUGGUUGCCCCUUAUGUUCAAGACUGGCUGCCUGGCCAUAGAACCACCUGGAUGUGAAUUUGUGUAAGAUGUAGAAGAUAUUGUCAACACAACACUCACACCCUAAAUUGUAUUCACAAAGUGUCAAGGAAUAACUCGAGAAGACUGGACAAAUGGCUAACUGUUACCUCGGAACACAAUCCACAAAUUAAAAAUAUCCACGUUCCCAAUUACUACUGGGUACACGGAGGCAUUUAACGUAGAGAAACUUGCUCAUAGUUUCACUCUUUCUUGGGUUAGUUGGUUGUGAGGCGAGCAUGCUCACCGUCACACCACAAGUUACAUUGAACAAUACUCUUCUCACAUAUAACCCCGGGUCAAACCUAGGACACAGUUGUGAGAGGCAUGCUUGAUACUGUACUUCUGUAUCACUGACACCCUGUGACUGAGGACAGACCUGUGGAUAAUGACCUCAUGUAAACACAAGAAACAUAAAUACAAAUCUUCAUAUGUAGAUUAAACUUUUGCAAAAUGUCUUAUGUCUUCCAAAUCAACUAAUUUGCUUCAUGGUGCGAGGGAAGUACUUCUAUAUUUUUCAGUGCUUGGGAUGUGGCAGAGUAGUCGAUAACGAGAAGCUAAAGCCAAUACUGUACAUUCCCUUAUCAUUGUUCAGUUUAAAGCUCAAUGCUGCAACAGCCUCGCCACCAGAUAGCGUAUGUGUCGCCAACAUCAACAUUAAAAAGCAGUUUAUUUAGCAUUAUACUAUACAUUUGUUUGAGAGGGAGCCAAAUAAAUUUGUCUGUCUGUCUGAAAUAAGGUAUCAUGCAUUUCCUCAUUUGGAGAUGUAUAUUUAUCCCUAAAUGGGAUGAAGAGUUACCAUGGUGGCAUACAAACACAUUAACCAAGCACUUUAGAUCCAUUGGUCUUGUGGGCACAACCUCAAACUGACCUUGACAAAUUUCAUGUUACUGCAGGUGUCAGGUCACAAACAGACUGUAAUAGGAGCUGUGAUUUCAUACAUCUGCAGCUAUUCCCUACAUUAGCUUGUCUCUAGUUCUCUUAUCUGAAGAGGAAGCCAGUGAGCAAAGCUCAGGUCUUGGUUAAAUAGUGACCAGACUCAUGUAGGCACACAAGCCACACUGAGGUUACAUUUGGAUAGUCCUGAUAUCAGUGGGUUUGAUUUGUAUAUAUGAUAAUUCACUAAAAAUUUUAUAUUUUUUAAUGAAACUUAUUUUUACAGUUCAACAUCUCUUAAAAUGUACAUGUUGUAAAAGAGUAUGUUAGCCUGAGAUGCUUCAUGCUUAGGAGAAAUACACACCCUGCCACAUCUCAUCUUGAAGCUGAUUGGCUACAUUGACACUCGGUUUGUAACACCUCUCAGGGCGUCACACACAAAUUUGGUCCAUUCUGAGGUGCGUGGUGGGACAUGUGUCAGACAGUCAGUUUUGGGUUAUCAUAGCUUACAGUGCUGGGAUGCCAAUGACUGGAUAAUUAACAAGUAUUGAAAUAUAGAUACUGUGUCUGUAAUCAAGAGUCUACUGUAUUAAUUCUGUGCCUCACAUGUGGCAGUUAUCUUGGCAGUCUGGGGAGUACAUGGGCUUGUGUGUGUACAAAGAGAGCCUCUACCAUUUACACCCUGUACUGUACUCUGUUAGGAAAAAUCCUUCAAACUUUGUGGAUGUGAAUAUUUUAAAAGGAAUAUAAAUAAUCACAAAAGAGACAUCAAUUGUGACGGUGAUUUUCUUGAAUAUGGUUUACUAUAUGUAGGCAACUUGUAACAUACAGGAUGGAACACAUACCAGAGAAAGAGGCUGUUUUAAUUUACAGUACAGUACAGUCUCUAGUAGCUUUUAGGGAUUUCAACAGGGAUUGUGAUUGUUCCAGACAAAUAGGAAACAUUUGCUCUCCAUGUUUGCACACAAUAGAAGUAAGUUAUUGUUUUACACUACUGAAGAUCAUUAAAACUAUCUGUCUGAGUUAAAAGAAAAAAAAGCUUCUUAAUCUGGACAACUAUUAAGGACAUUUAUUGUUGUGGUUUAUUGUCAAUAGUUACCGGAGUUUCUGUAGCUAAAGGGGAGUUGCCAAAGACCUGUCACAUUACACUCAUGAAAUAGUAUGAUCUUGGCAUUGAGUGAAUCAGAUGUCUUGGAUUUAGGGAAGGUGUUUGGACUAGACAAGAGUUUUGAGUCAUAUAAAAGUAUUUCCAUUUAUUAAAAGAAAAAUUUAGAAUACCAGCAGUUAAUAUCAGUCAUCAAAUAGAAGUGGGUUAUUUAAUUAUGUACCCUUAGAGUUUGUUGACUUUUAUCCCUUUGUAUAUGGGGUCCACUCUAGCUAAAUAAAUCAUCUGAAGUGGCAUCCCCAUAGUAAAAGGGUUAAUGAUUUGAACUGCUAGACGUCUACACCUGAAGUAGUUUCCCCUGAAGUGUUUCAUUCGUACAGACUGUUGAUCGCUAUUUUAAUAUUCUUACAUAACUUUUUGCUUACUUUUCCACAUACUUGUGAAUUGUACAUUCUCUUUUAGAUAAGCGAGAGAACGUUGUUGAUUGUUAGUGAUAGAAUUUUCACAGGCUUUAUCUAAAGGUGAAAAGAUAAAGAACUUGUAAUAUUGCUGCUAUUUUUCUAGGUACGUAAUAAAGAAGAAAACACAAGUCGAAAUAAU